AUGAACCACUUGCCAGGCACGUGUUCCGAAGCAAGUGUGGAGCGUUGUCCCCGCAACACCCCGAAAGUUGUGUUGUCAUACGAAACGCCUAGCUACAUCAGCAGUGACUUCAAGAUAGUGACUGAUACCUCUUCACUACUUGUUAUGCGCAAUGGAUUUACACUAGAUGCCUUUAAAAGCUUUCGGACAAAAACAGAAACCACCACACGGUACUAA